AUGUCAGAGGAUACUUGUUCCUUUUGCAAACUAAAGGAUGCGCCAAAUCAGUGCGCUGCAUUUUGCCUUUCGGCACUGCAUCCUUUAUUCGAUCACAAUGUCAACCGCCAGCACAGGAUAGACACUCUUGCUGAAGGUGUGUCCAAUAGCAAUGGAAAAUUGGACAAGAUCGAAGGUCAACUGCAGUCCCUGCAGACCACUUUGGAAACUCUGAAAACAUCUAUGGAGGAAACCUUUCAGAAGAUAAGCCAUACGAAAUUUUACACAGGGCUAGAGGAAAAGCAGCAUACUGAGGAUCAGAGUAUUGUUCCCGGAGUCAAAACUAAAAUUCUUCUGCCAGGAUUCCAGCAAAUCGGGUCAAGAUAUUUAUAUAUCGAGAGAAAAGCUAAACAAGAUUGGAAUACAGCCGCAAGGACUUGCCAUCGAAUGGGAGGUCACCUGGCAUCGAUCAAAAAUGAAGAGGAGUUUACUGCCAUCACAGAGAAACUCGAUCUACUUCGGUACUGGUCGGGCAUCAACGAUCGAGGAAAGAAGGACGAGUACGUAUCUGUAGCUUCCGGAAAACCAGCAGAAUUCGUGAAAUGGAUUUGGAAAAACAUCGAAAGCGAUGCGAACUGCGUAGCAUUGACGAAGUUCGGAUUUGUAAAUACGCUUUGUAACGAAACCCUAAAAUUCAUUUGCCAGCAAGACGAUGAAAACUAG